AUGUCAACUAUUCAAAAGAGUAAAACAGAGCAAGAAACUGAAACAAAAACUCAAAUCACCACCGAACAAUCUCAAAAAUUGAUUCAGACAAUGCUAACAAUGUCCUUUGGAUGUUUUGCCUUCUUAAGAGGACUUUUCCCAGAUGAAACAUUCGUAGAUCAAAGGUUCGUACCUGAAAAAGUGGAAAGAAACUAUAAUAAACAAACAACACCACAAAAUAAUUCAAUAAAAAUCAAGACUUUAGUGAGAGGUAAGUCAAAAACAGUUGAUUUACUCCUUGAUUGGUUGGAAAAGGGAGUUUUCCAAUCUAUAAAACUAAAAUAUUUGAAUGCACUUAGUGUCGGUAUUUUCUUGGAUGAAAAUAAUCCAACCGAUUUAGUUGAGAAUUAUACAUUUUCAUUUCAUUAUGACCAAGAAAAUAAUGUAAAAUUGAGAAUCAAUGGAAGUGAAGAUACAGUCUCUUUAUUAGAUUCGAGGAAAAUGGCCCAACAAUUAAUGAGAAGGUUCAUUAUAAUCACUCAGUCCUUGGAACCGUUGCCCCAAAAGAAAUUUAUAUCAAUGAGAUUGUUGUUUAAUGAUAAUACAGAUCCCAAAUAUCAACCUCCUCUUUUCAAAGAUGCUACUUUCUGUAGAAGGGCAACUUUGAAAAUCCCCAAUACAAUAGAUCAAGAAUCGUUUUCUGUUGGAACAUUAGAUACUUCGCAUCACAAAGUAGAUCUUCAGAUUCUUUCUGUUCCAGAUUUUUCAAUAAAGGCCCAGAAGAACCCCGAUUUUAAAAAAGUUGAUCCAUUCGAUUUAAUUGAUGAUAAUCCAAAAGAUAUGAAAACCAAUGAGAGUACCCAAGUGUCAAAUUUACUAAGCGAUCUAUUACAAUCGUCUCAACCCAGUAUUCAACCAACACAAGCUAUUAAAUUUUCAGAUAGUGUUCAUAACAUUGUUCCAGAAAUUGGUUGUGAAUGUAGAAUAGCAUGCCCCACUUCAGCUACAGUUAUAAAGGUUUGCAAAAUCUGUAAAAAAUCAGUACAUGGUGUUUGUUAUGGGAAUUCACCGCAUCCACGAAUUGAUUCAUGUUUGGCAUGUCUUUUUGCUGGUGAGGAUUUGGAUACCCAAUCUUCACAAUUCAAAGAUUUAAUGAUGUUAAGAAGAUGUUAUAGGUUUAUCGUACGUCAUAGGAGAUUUCCUUCCUCCAUAAGUGAAUUUAAGAAAUGUAUUGUUGCCAGAGAUCAAAUUAAUGAAGAAAUUACUCGACGAAUUCUUUUUUGCAUCACAGUUUUAUUUAAUGAUAACAUUUUAAGUCUUACAAAAAAAUGUGAAAGAUCUACAACUCAGACUGGUAAAGUUAACUCAAGUCUUGUAUUAGUAGAUGAACCAGGCCUAACCAUUCUGGGCAAUGGGGACUUAAAGCAAGGUCAAAGAAUAAAUUGGUAUUUCAAAUAUACAACAAGUGAAAUGCAUAGAUGUUAUUCUGAGGUGAUUGCAACGUCCAAAUCUCAAUUUCAAAAUUGGUUAUAUGAAAUCAGAGAAUUGCGUAGAAAAUAUGAUGAACAAUCUUUGUUUUCUUCAUGCCAAAUCCAAAACUUAAAUAUAAUGGAUAGUGCGACUCAAGAUUCAAUUAUUGUUGGAAAGAAACGUAAUCAUUUAGAUCUGGAACAAUAUUUGAAAGAAGGAGAUAGCUCAGUAAUGAAGGAUACAAUUGAUAUAGCUUCAGGUAUAGAGCACGAUUUGCCAGCAAUAUCACAACACCAUGAUGAUCUCAUUGAGACGUCGAAGAAGAUCAGAAAAAUAAGUGUUUCUAAAAAAACAUUAAAAAGUAUCUGGUAA